CGUCAGUUCAAUUCCCUCCGCCAUCCUGCUCUUUGCGCCGGUUUCUCCCUGUCCAACCCCCCGGGAUUGCUUCGUCCUGGCUUCAGAAGUAACAGUCCGACCUGCGAUGAGAUUUUGAUCAUGCCCCUUUCCAAGCCAGUCCGGUUAUAGUAUCAGUUAACGACUCCUCUACAACGUCGCCAAAAUGGCCUCCGCGGGGCCGUCAGGCGGCUCAGUCACUGAACUGGCCGCUCGCCUUUACGAUGCUUGUGUCAACCAGUUCCCUUCCGAUCAUUUAUUCUACCAGCAAGAUCUCCUGGGCUUGAACCUCGUCCCCAAGAAUGACUUGGCCCUUCUCCUGCAAUGCACCCAAUCCCUCGUCGACCAAAAGUUAUUCCGACUUCUCCAGGGCAAAAACGACCGGUUGGCUUGGAAGAUCAUCUCGCGCGAGGAUGCUGAAAAACUUCAGAACCUGAGCCCCGAUGAAAGUUUGGUAUACAAUGUCAUUCACUCGACAGGACGUUCCGGUAUCUGGGUUCGUGCAAUCGGCAACCGAACCAACCUCCACAAAUCCAUCCUUGACCGCUGCCUGAAAUCGUUAGAGGGGAAAAGCUACAUCAAGAGCGUUCACAAUGUCAAAUACCCCAGCCGGAAGAUGUACAUGCUGGCGAACCUGGCCCCGAGUGAAGACGUGACUGGUGGAGCCUGGUUUACCGACGGAGUCCUGGACGAGAACUUCAUCAACAGCGUCGCCGGCUUCAUUGAGUACACUGUGAGCCGGAAGAGCUGGUACGAGGUCCCCUCGUCAGACGGCCCUCGAAACAAGCGCAUCAAGACCGCGGAUGGAGGCAUGGCCGUCAAACAAGAGGGCGCCCCCAAGGAGUACCUCCCAUUCCCGGCCGGGUAUCAGGGCUAUCCCACCGUACCCAUGUUGACCGGCGCCGUCAAUGAGAGUGGUAUUACCCCCGUCCGACUUGGCGAGGAAAGCAUCACCCAACUUCUCGAAAUGCUCUGCUACGACAACAAGCUCGUCGCAUUGAACAAUGGCGAGGUCUACCGAUCCGUCAAGAAUCCCGAAGAAGUGAAAUCACAGCAAGCGCGCAAGCCUCGAGGCGACGACGCCGGCAUCGACGACAGGCUAGUGAAGAACGGCAUGACGGAAGCACCCUGCGGGCACUGUCCGGUUUUCAAGCUCUGCGCUCCCGGUGGAGCCGUCAGCCCGGAAAGCUGCGAAUAUUUCGACCCUUGGCUCGAAAAGGCCCUGGGAUUCUGAUCUAUACGCUUCUAUAUCUGGCUUCUCGUUUCAACACAUACCAACAAUUUCUGUACACACUUAGCGCAGCUCGCGCCCGAUGAUGUUUGUUUGCAUAGCGAUGGCGUUCUUGUCUGAUAUUGGGAUCGACCGAGGAUACCGGUCUUCUUUUCUCAAUGUGGGCAACCGAAAAAAAAUCAUGGCUUUUAUUUAUGGAAAAUAAAAAAGGAAGGGAAGGGAAAAGGGU